CGCGCAUGCGCUGCCCGUGCGGAAAUACGUCACACGCGGGAAACAGAACCUGUUCCUGUGGUUACGGUGAGGCUGGUUAUCAAUAGCACGCUCAGUCACAAUGUCGAAAAUCGAGAAGAUGAGCAUCCUCGGAGUGAGGAGUUUUGGAGUUGAGGACAAGGACAAGCAAAUAAUUACGUUCUUCAGUCCUCUGACGGUGCUGGUCGGACCAAACGGAGCUGGAAAAACGACUAUUAUCGAGUGUCUUAAAUAUGUCACCUCGGGAGAUUUCCCACCUGGAAGUAAAGGAAACACUUUUGUUCAUGAUCCAAAGGACGCCCACGAGACAGACGUACGCGCUCAGAUCCGGCUGCAGUUCCGAGACGUUAACGGCGAUCCUGUAGCUGUUCAGCGAUCCAUGCAGAGCACGCAGAAGGGCAAGAAAGCACCUGAGUUCAAAACCCUGGAGGGCGUCAUCACCAGGAUAAAGCAUGGAGAGAAGGUCAGUCUGAGCUCCAAGUGUGCUGAGAUAGACCGUGAGAUGAUCUCAGCUCUGGGUGUUUCUAAAGCAGUGCUUAAUCAUGUCAUCUUCUGCCACCAAGAGGAGUCGAACUGGCCUCUGAGUGAAGGGAAAGCCCUCAAGCAGAAAUUUGAUGAAAUUUUCUCAGCAACCAGGUACAUCAAAGUGCUGGAAACGCUUCGUCAGUUAAGGCUGAAGCAGACGAACACGGUCAAGACCUGUCAGAUGGAGCUGAAAUAUUUAAAGCAGAAUAAAGAUAAGGCUCAGGAGAUAAAGGAACUGCUGUCCACUAAAGAAGGACAACUAGUGGCUUCUAAAGAGAGCGUGCGGCGCGUCGAGGACCAGAUCGACCCCAUGGAGAAUCGCUUGAAUGACAUUGAUGACAAUCUGGGCAAAGUCAUGAAACUGGACAAUGACAUCAAGGCUCUGGACAGCAGGAAGAGACAGAUGGAGGACGACAACCGAGAACUGGAGGAGAAGAUGGAGCAGGUGUUUCAGGGUUCAGAUGAGCAGCUACAGGAGAUGUACGAGAAUCACCAGGUGACCGUGAAGAAGAAAGAGAAGAGGCUGACAGAAUGUCAGCGUGAUCUGGAGAGAGCGGCUCGUGAGUGCCAGAGGAUGAACUCCAUGAAAUCAGAACUGCUUGUUGAACAGGGUCGUCUCCAGAUGGAAGCGGACAAGCAGGCGUUACAUAUAAAGGGCCGAGAUACUCAGGUGAAGUCUUUAGCUUCUUAUCUGGACAUGGAAGGAUACGACAGAGCUCCAUUCAGUGAGAGACAGCUCCAGAGCUUCCACAGUCAAGUCAGAGAGAGACAGGACCAAGAGACCAAGGCCCUCAGCAGGGUUAUGAUUGACCUGCAAGAGAAAGAAACACAGAAACAGCAGAACAUUGAUGAGAUUCGUGACAAGAAGACCGGCCUGGAGAGGACCAUCGAGCUGAAGAAGGACAUACAGGUGAAGAAGCAGCAAGAGUUAAGGAAUGUUAAAUCUGACCUGCAGAGACUGGAAGGUUCCUCAUCCAGACUUCAGGAGUUGGAGAGUGAGCUCACCAAAGCAGAGCGAGAGCUGGAGAAGGUUGUGCAGGGUUCCACUGUGGACCUUCUCAAAACAGAGGUGCAGGAGCUACAGAGAGAAAAGAUGGAACUGGACCAAACCCAGCGUAAACUCGACCAGGAAAUGGAAACCCUCAACAUACACACCUCAGCACGCACACAAAUGGACAUGCUGAAGAAAGAUAAAACUGACAAAGAAGAUCAAGUAAGGAAGAUUAAGUCCAGGCACAAUGAGGACCUGGUGUCUCUGCUGGGUCACUUUCCUAACAAGAGAGAGCUUGAGGACUGGAUUCAUAGCAAAUCCCGAGAGAUCAACAGUAUCCGAGAUAAGCUGGGCAAACUGAAUAAGGAGCUGGCAUCCAGAGAGCAAAAUAAGAGUCACUGUACAACUGAGAUUCGACGCAAAGAGCAGCAGCUGGCCAGCUAUGAGGAGAAACUCUUCAAUGUGUGCGGCAGUCAGGACUUCGAGUCUGAUCUGAGCAAACUGCAGGAGGACCUGGAGAAGAGCUCCAAGCAGAGAGCGAUGCUGGCAGGAGCCACGGCCGUGUACACGCAGUUCAUCAGCCAGCUGACGGAGGAGGGGGAGCCGUGCUGCCCAGUCUGUCAGCGUGUCUUCCCCUCCGAGACUGAGCUCCAGGACGUCAUUAACGACAUGCAGUCCAAACUGCGCCUGGUCCCAGACAAGCUGAAGAACACAGAGCAGGACCUGAAGAGGAAGGAACGCAAGCGUGAUGACAUGAUGGCUCUCAAACCCGUCAGGCAGUCCAUUGCAGAGCUGAGUGAGAAGGAUCUGCCAGAGUUAAGGAAUAAACUGCAGAGCGUGAACCGUGAAAUAGAGAAACUGAAGAGAGAGAUUGAGGAGCAGGAGAGUCUGCUGUCUCUGCUAAUCUCCGAGGAGGACACGGGCAAAGCCUGCCUACAGGAUGUCUCUCUUAUGGACCGCUACCAGCUCGAUCUGAAGGAAGUGGAGAGGAAGAUAGCGCAGCACACAGCCAAGCUACAGGGCGUGGACCUGAGCCGCACGAUGCAGCACGUCAGCCAGGAGAAGCAGGAGGUCCAGCAUCGCCUCGACACCACGUGCAGUAAGAUGGAGCUGAAACGCAAACUGAUCCAGGACCAGCAGGAGCAGAUACAGACCCUAAAGAGCAGCGUGAAUGAGGUCCGAGGUGAAAAGCUUCAGAUUUCCAGUAACAUGCAGAAGCAGCAGCAGCUGGAGGAGCAGUGUGUGGAGUUGAGUGCCGGAGUACAGGAACUGCAGAGAGAAAUCCGGGAUGCUAAGGAGCAGGUUUCUCCACUGGCCAUCACUUUAGAGAAGCUCCAGCAUGAGAAGCAGGAUCUGAUCGAGCGCAGACGGCAGAAACAGAGUGAAGGCCAGGAGAAGAUCGAUGCCAUCAAAGAGAGAGUAAAAAGUUUGGCAGUUUUAGAAAGAGAAAUCACCAAGUACAUCGACGAAGGCAAAGACGACUACAAGCAGCAAAAAGAGGCAGAACUUCAGGAGAUACAAACUCAGCUGACUGAGGCUGAGAAACAGCGGGAGAAAAUCAACAAGGACAUGGCCAGCAUCCGUCAGGAUAUAGACACGCAGAAGGUCCAAGAACGCUGGCUUCAGGAUAAUCUGACCCUGAGAAAGCGUGUGGAGGAGCUGAAGGAGGUUUCCAGGAGGAGAGAGGUUUUACUGAAGGAGAUGGGAAACAUGCAGGUCAUGGAGCUACGCAGCGAGCGGCGGGAGUUGGAGCGGAAGGUGGAGGACCUGAAGAAGAACCGCAGCGUGGCUCUGGGCCGACAGAAGGGCUUUGAGGAAGAAAUCUUGCGUUUCCGUAAGGAACUCCGUGAGGAUCAGUACUGCCAGGCUGAGGAGAGAUUCAGGGACAAGAUGAUAAUCAUGAGGACCACGGAGCUGGCCAACAAAGACCUGGACAUCUACUAUAAAGCUCUGGACCAAACAAUCAUGAAGUUUCACAGUGUGAAGAUGGAAGAAAUCAACAAAAUCAUCCGAGACCUGUGGAGGAGCACGUACCGUGGACAAGAUAUUGAAUACGUGGAGAUCCGCUCUGAUGUGGAUGAAAAUGCCUCUGCUGGUACAAAGAGACGGACCUACAACUACAGAGUGGUCAUGGUCAAAGGGGACACAGCUUUAGACAUGCGAGGACGCUGCAGUGCUGGACAGAAGGUUUUGGCGUCACUCAUCAUCCGGUUGGCUUUGGCAGAGACGUUCUGUCUGAACUGUGGAAUCCUUGCACUAGAUGAACCCACUACCAAUCUGGACAGAGAGAACAUAGAGUCUUUAGCCCACGCCUUGGUGGAAAUCAUCAAGAGUCGCUCUCGACAGCGUAAUUUCCAGCUGCUCAUCAUCACUCACGAUGAGGAUUUCGUGGAGCUCCUGGGUCGCUCCCAGUACGUGGAGCACUUCUACAGGAUCAAGAAGAACCAAGACCAGUGCUCAGAGAUCUCCAGAUGUAGCAUCACAAGUCUAAACAGCUACCUGCGUUAAUACGCUCAGCGUAAAUCUCAAACAGAAAGGACCAGUUAACGCUGGGAAGUGUGUGAGAUUAAAAAAAAGGACCAGAUCCAAAAUCAGACAAAAUGGGAGAAUAAGGCCUCGCUGAGAGUCACAACACUACUGACGUGAUUAUAUUCUGUUUCAGCUUUGUAAAGAAGUUUAACUAGUUGUUAUAUUCUCUGUUAAAGUUAACCCCCCCAAAAAAUAAAAUAAAGACUUACCCGUCUGUAAACUCUGGAUGUUCAGAGCUGAUGGACUUUUUUAUGUACAGCUCAGUUUUUAUGAGAUUCCUGUACUGCUGGUUUGAGUUGGGAUUUUUUUUUUUUUUUUUUUUUUUACAUAUAUAAGUAAACUGACAUUUACUAGCUAAUGGUGAGAAGGUUCGUGUGUGUGUAUGUGAGACGAGGUGGUUGUAUCUGUACACGUUAUCAGUCAUCCUCUUGACUUGCUCAUAUGAGACAAAUAAUCUAAAAUAAUUAAAAAAUAAAUAAGAGUCUGCAGCAAGGACUGUUUGUGAUUUAAAAGAAACGGAUUCGCUGAUUUGUGUGUUAUUGUGUAGCGUAAUAUUUAAUACCUAGUGUCUUUAAGCAGAUCAUUUUUUAAUUCUACUUAAUAUUUAGAAUCUAAUAGACUACUACAAGUAUUACUACAAGUGUAUACUACUUACCACCAUUCAUUUACCUGUUGCAGUUCAUUUGGCUGCAUCUAAUCUUAGAACUGAGACCGCUCUCACAACCAAACAUGGUCAAGGAAUUUAAUUUUUUGUAAUCUUUUUGGCGAAUUGUCAUUAAACACUUAAUUUCCCCUGUUCAGCGAAUUUGAAGCAUCAUAGUAAGCAGAUCUCCAAACCUAAUCAACCACGUCUUUAUCAAGAUUACCCUGUGUGCACUGGUUUUCUAGUCUCUACAUAAUGCUUACUGUGCAGAAUAACAGCUUCCAAGAAGAUGAGCGUUGGUUUAUUUCCGGCUUUUAUGCACAUAUAUAUUCUCUGGAAGCAUGCGUUAGGAUUGUGUCUCGAUUUAGACUGCACAAGCAACCUGAAGAAUCUGUUAACUUCAACCCAACUUUACUAAACAAGAUGAAGGCGGUGAUCGUGCUUCUUGCUACUGCUGUUGCGUUUGCCUACGGGGCGUCUCAUUUAACUCUAAAGACUUUAUCGAGUAAAGUAAGGGAUCUGCACAAGGAAACGCUGAAUACAGUAAGGCUUUUAGUUUCUUUAGUUUCUUUUAAAUUUUGCGAGUGUAUAAAUACAACCUGAUUCACAUUAAUGUUUUGUUUCUAGGAGAAGUAUGACUCGAUCUUUGUGAAAGACCUUAAAAAGAACAAAACGGACAGCUGUGAGGCUGAGUUUUUCUGUCAGGCUGAAAGAGUUUUAUCUGAAGUUAAACUCUCUGAGAAAGUUGAUAAUGAAAGGGUUAAUUACCUGGUCAGGUAUCUGAGCGUGUACAAUAAUGGGAAGAACUGCACUGUCCCAACGAAAGGAGAUGAAAUAAUCCUCCGUUCUUUCCUGGACGAUCUGGUCAAAUGUAUCCAAAAGACCAUGACCAGACACUGAUUCUCACAGCCUUUCUAAACUUCUUUUCCUUUAAUUUAUAAAAUCAAUGUGAAAUUUAAUUUAUAAAAUCACAUGUGUAAAUUACAUCUAAGGCUCUAAAUGUAUUUAUUUUUGUUUCAAUGUUUUCACAUUGCCUUUAAAUAAAUAUAUUGCAACAUA